ACACUUGGUACAAUUGCCCUAAUGUUUGCACACACAGUUGCAUUGCAGUCUAUGGAGGUCCUCUGUUGGAUAGGUAGACGUCACUCAGGUCCCCACUUGGCAUGUUUUUAAAAAAAAUUAAAAAUGCAUUUUUUCAGUUAUAUUAUGAAAAAAGACCUCAAAUGAAAAUUUUGUAUGUAAUUUUUGUUUCUUAAAAAUGACCAGAAACACUGGUCCCCUCUUGGUCAGUGUAGAGCGAUAGUCCCCACUUAGUAACAUAGACGUGUAUGUGUGUGUGUGUGUGUUUGUAUUCACAGAGCUCAUGAGCAGGACCUGUGUAAGAAGCACGAGCGUGAGAUGGCCGAGCUGAACGCUCUCCACCACAGAGAAACACAAAACAUGCUGUCAGACUUCAACAAGGCCCAGGAACUGCUGAAGGACAAGAUCUCUGCCCUGCAGAUCCUGUUGGAGGGAACAGAAGACAAAUUCCGGAACAGAGAGAGCAGGCCUGAAGAUCUGCAGACAAUAGCCGAACUGAAGGAUAUGGUGGCCGAGAGAGAAUCUUUGGUCAAGAAACUGGUGGAUGACAAAAAGUUUUACCAGCUGGAGCUUGUCAACAGAGAGACCAACUUCAACAAAAUAUUCAACGCAAAUCCUAAUGUUGGUGUCAUUAACCCUCUUGUCAAGCAAAAGCGAAAGAACGACAAAUCAGCUACCCGACUCAGCAGCUCGGCCAAUCUUAGGGCCAAUGUGGAAGCUUCUGGGACAGGGAGCGGCCAGCCCCAGCCCAACCGCCUCGAGCCCAUCCCCAACUCCCCCAUUCACCAGCUGGAGCCUAACACAAGCAAACCCCUGCCCACGCCAACCCCUCUCACCGAAGCCAAGAAAUUGAUGAGCCCUCCUGAAGGAGAAGAAUCACCCGUCACCUCUCCAGACCCCCAGAGACAAGAGUGGUUCGCGCAGUACUUCUCCUUCUGACUUUGCAAUUAAAGAGCAUGUUGACCAAAAAAAAAAAAAAGAAACAAAAAGUGAUAUAUUAUUUGACGACACAUCCUUUCAUUUGGUCUUUUUUUCUCCCCACUGUGAAUGGGUUUGUUGUUUUUACAGUGAUGAUAGGUAUGUUUGACAUUUCAUUUACUGCAGUUUCUAUAGACUGGUGCAUACGCUGCUAAUUACUAUUUGUUAAAAGAGAAAAAAACAACAGUAUUGUCUCCUCUGUAUCUAAUUUUAGAAUGCCACCGUAAUGACUUUGUUACAGCUGCAUUAUCAAUUUUGGUAGGAUUAAACUGUUUGUAUGGAUGUCUCAACACAGAUAUAAUGAUGUCUCACUAAUUUUAAAAUAAAUGCAUAUUUUAUAUUUAUAUUACUGGUGUAUGCGUAAGAAUAAAUAAUUAUUGUGACAUUUAAUGAAGUGUGUCUGUUAUGUGAGUCAACUUUUACCAUUUAAGGAAAUGAAAGCAAAAGAACAUUUGAUUUAAAAUGCCUGUAUUUUCAUAUACAUCAACACAUAUUGCUCUGAAACAAGGAAAAAUAAACACUUUUAUUGUC